AUGGCGAGGUCAAAUUCUGUUCAAAAUGACACUGGAGAUUUCACAUGCAAUUUCGAAGUAGUUGAACCCCAGAUUUCGAUCCCUGUUGCAGUUUUUACGGUUAUAUCUGUGACUAUUGGUUCAAGUAUGGUCUCAGUACCCCAGACUGCUUAUGAAUCCGGAAUUCCUUGGGCACUUGGUUAUAAUACCUUUAAUUUCAUUUUGAGUUUAUACUCGAUUCAUCUCUACUUGAAAGCAGCUCAAGUGACAGGAUAUUACUCAGUACCAAGGUUAGUAUAUGAAUGCUUUGGCCACCGUUCUCUCUAUUUUGUAAGUAUUCUUCAGCUAUUGUCAUUUGGAAUGCUUUCCAUCACAAACUUUAUUGUAUUUGCAAACCUAUUGAAAUCGUUUAUCUAUGAAAUAAGUUGGGUCAAAGAAAGUGCUCCACACGUCAUUGGAAAUCAAUGGUUUAGUGUAAUUGUACUUGCAGUUUUACUUUUUCCCUUUAUUAUUAGGAAGAAAAUCCAGGAACUAAGAAUCAUCGGAAUAUUACAAGUUUCUGCAAUCGCCUUCUUUAUUUUCCUGAUGCUCUUAAUAAGAAUAACAAAAGAUGACAAAUUGGAAAGACCAUCAAUUUCCAAAGGAGAUUUCUACUUCUUCAGCUUCAGCAAGCCAUGGUUAUCAUCUCUUUCAACUGCUUUUGUAGUAUUUUCAUUCCAAUCUGCGUUCUUCCCCAUUUACAACUCCUUAGAGAUUAAAUCGUACCAGAAUGGGAUGAAGUUUACUUUCUUUGGAAUGCUCUUCUGUUUUGCUAUCUAUACUAUGGUGACUUUUGUGUCUCUUUAUUCCUUCGGGGCUAAUAUUCAGGGAGAUAUGCUCAAAAACAUCGAGUGAGUGAGUGUUUGGGAAUCCUACCUGCUAAGAGCAAUCUUCAUGUUGCUAAUGGCUGCCCACACUCCUUUCACAUUUUUCAUUGGGAAAGGAGCAGCAAUGGUAAUCGUUGCAUUGCUAUAUAUUAGAGGUGAUAAAUAAAGAACAAAUUGAUCGUACUCAAAUUCUUUAUAAAGAUGCCGUGGAUAAUAACCGAAAUGAAGAAAGAGAGGAAAACGGCAAUGAAAGAGAAAACCUUCUUGAAGAAAACUGUAGCAAUUUUCUGGGCACUCAUAAGAAUAUGAUAUCCACUUUUAGAGACAUUACAGUUAGUAGCAAAAUUAUAUCUGAAGGGUUUGAACGAAACUUCAGUUUAGCAAUCCCAUUUUCAAAACUGAAGAAAACAAUGGUAAUCACAGGAUCAGCUCUCAAAAGUAACUUUUUGAACGACUUAUUACCCAAAUGGGUAUGACAUACAAUCACUAUAUUAUUAUAUGCAAUUGUUGUAGGGGCUGCAUGAGUUAUCCAAGAUGUUGCAACUCUUGUCAAGUUUAUUGGGUCAAUCUCAAAUGCUAUUCUGAAUUUAGCGUUUCCAGGGAUAUUCUAUUUCAUUUUAAUGAGAAAACAUAAAGUAAGAGUCGCCAAAUGGAAGCUUGGCCUUUCCUUUUGUUUGUUCAUGUACGGUGUGGCAAUGGCGUUAUUUCUUACAGGAGUAAAUAUUUGGGUGCUUAUUGAUCCCCCAAAACGUAUAAAUUUACAGGAGCGGUGUUUUGAAUAAAC